AUGAGUACUUCAAAAAAAAUUGAAAUUAAUCAAUCUUCGCUUUUAGGAUUAAAAGCAGAAGUACUGAGAAAAAAAAAUGAAAUUCAUUCUGCAAAAUAUGCUCAAGAGGUAAUAACUCAACCGACAAGAAAAAAGUUAACUACAAAAUUUGAUAAAAUAAAUGAAGGUGUAGAUGAAAGAAAUAAAAGAGAUGCUGAAGAAAUUCAAGAAGAAGCAGAAGAAAUUAAAAAAUCUCAAAAAAUUUUAGAAGCUAAAUCAAAAUUAUAUGAAAAACUUAUAAAUAAUCCUAAAAGUGUAGAGAAAUCGGUUGAUGUUACAGGGUUCCUUGUAGACUUUAAACAGAAAUGUGAAGAAAAUACGGAACCUGUUAAAAUAGAGAAUGAUGAAUCAUCUAAUGACUGUAGUUACAGUAAUUAUAGUGAUGAAGAAGAUUGGGUUGAUUUUGUUGAUUGUUUAGGCAGAACAAAAAGAUGUCACAAGGAUGAUUUAAGUGCUAUGAAAGAGCAAGACGAAAAGCUUAAGCAGUCAUUGCAUGGUGAUAAACCUAAAGAAAAAGAAAAUUCUAAAGAAUUUCAACUUCCACAAUUAUGCUCUGAAGAUAUGAAAAGAGAAAUACUAAGGCAAAAAUGGGAAGAACAAGAAAGAAAUUUAUUGGACAAAAAAAAUAUUCACUACCAGGAUGUUCUUUUCGAUGUGCCAUUUUUAGCCCUUGUCAAGUGUAUUUUUUUAAAAACUCAAUAA